CGCGGUCUUCACACGCUCCAUCGACGAGAUGCGAGAGAUUAACCAUGCAGUUUUUCUCAUGCUGAGCGACUUUAAACAGAGAAGUUGCACUCCGAGGGACGUUUCUUAGAUGCCUUAAUAAGUUUGUGGAAAGCUUCAGGCUUAUUUCAUUAAGAUGUCAGAAUGAUUAGAAUCGUCUCUGUUUGUCAGUAAUAUGGAAAAAGUGAAGUGUCAUCAACCAAAAACAUAAUUUCACUCGUGUGGAGAAGAGACUGUAACUGUCAGCUAUGAUUUGUGGGGCCAAUGCAACCAAUGGGACCAAUGCAACAAAGGAGUACACCCUGCUGGUGGCCCUACCACUGAGCGUUGCAGUGGGGCUCCUCAUCCUCCUCAUCAUCUUCGGCAAUGUCCUGGUGAUCAUCGCCGUGUUCACGAGCCGAGCACUCCGGGCUCCCCAGAACCUCUUUCUGGUCUCGCUGGCCUCAGCUGACAUACUGGUGGCCACUCUGGUGAUGCCGUUCUCAUUGGCGAAUGAGCUGAUGGGUAUGUGGACGUUUGGGGGAGUUUGGUGUGAAAUCUACCUGGCCUUGGACGUUCUUUUCUGCACAGCUUCAAUUACUCACCUGUGCGCCAUCAGUCUGGACAGGUACUGGUCAAUUACGCAAGCCAUCGAGUACAACCUGAAGCGAACACCGCAACGUAUUAAGCGUAUCAUUUUUAUCGUUUGGAUCAUCGCCGCCGUGAUCUCCUGCCCCCCUCUUAUAACAAUGAAGAAAUCUGAGGGGGAUAUCUGUGACAUCAAUAAGGAAAAAUGGUACAUAGUCUCAUCUUGCAUUGGCUCGUUUUUCCUGCCUUGCAUCAUCAUGGUCCUCGUCUACAUCCGGAUCUAUCAAAUUGCCAAGAAGAGAACUAGAGCACCUCCUGGGGACCACAGGAAAAACGAAGUGGGAAAGAAGGAAAACGACCCGCAUGAGAAGCUCAAUGGAAUUCAGAAUGCAGAACCGGACGACAAGGAUGAAAUAAAUGGUGUGGACAUGGAGGAAUCCUCCUCCUCAGACCACAAGGUCUCCAAUCCUUGCUCCCUCAAGAAGAAAAGCUCAAAAGGAAAGACCAAGUUGAGCCAAAUCAAACCAGGCGAUGGAGACAAAACCGAGGCCUGCCAGACUACCAAAGCAAGCAGAUGGAAGGGCCGUCAAAACCGAGAGAAGCGGUUCACAUUUGUUCUGGCGGUGGUCAUAGGCGUGUUCGUCAUUUGUUGGUUCCCGUUCUUCUUCACCUACACAUUCACAGCGUUUUGUGACUGCUGUGUGCCUGAAACACUUUUUAAGUUCUUCUUCUGGUUCGGCUACUGCAACAGCUCCCUCAAUCCCAUUAUAUACACUAUCUUCAAUAACGACUUCCGAAGAUCCUUUAAAAAGAUCCUCUGCCGGAGAGAUAAGAGGAGAGUGGUGUGAACGGGCUGCUGUGUUGUCCGUUUCUCUAUCAAAUGUAAUAUAUCACCUGCAGUUUACGGGAAGCACUUGUUUACAGUAAGCCAACAUGUUGUGUGUCAUUAUACAACAAGUCCAAGCGGGGCUAAAAAUAAAAAAAGACUUUCACAUUCUUUGUACAAAUGCAACGAUGCAUGAUUAUGCAAUUACAGCACAAUAUGUGGCAGAUCUGUCCAUUUCAGAAGUGUGUUGUGGCGUUUUGAUAUACAGUGUGUGGUGUAGUUUUACUGUGGUGUGGUUUUAUCAUCUGUCAGCGUGGAAAUCUACGAAGACAAUGCAUCUCAAACCACGCUGGAUGUCAUUCAAAAUGUGAAAAACUAAAGACAAAAGAAACUUUUGAAGAAGAAACAGUGCCAAAUGAGUAAGAACUGAUUGUUGGUUUGGCCUUCAAACUUAAUAUCGUGCUGCAAAACUGUCCAACUGCGCCUCAACGUGCAUGUCGAUGUCUUCUCACGGGGCCUGUUUAUUCCCCUGACAUGUUGUAUAAUUAAUUGUGAAGGUGUUGAUAUUGUUCGUUGGACAAAUUGUCUUUUCUAUCCCUGCCAGUAAUGGUUCAUUUAAAAUCUUGCUGUGGACCAUUAAGUGAAACGAUGUUGAGCUCGUCUGACUGGAACCCGACAGGCCGGUGUCACAACAAAUUUCUCCGGCUUCAAUUGUAGAUUAUGCUUGUCAUCCUAGAUAUAAUGGAUGGAUCUUUAGUACCACAACAUCACAGUGAUGGUUACAGCCUGCAACUAAUAAACCAUGUGUCAAACGGGCCGCUGGUUUAGCUGCCGAAAUGGCAGAAACGCACAACAAAACUGAGUUGAAUAUUCAGCAUGAUAUCAAAUGACUGAUGACACAGGUCAAGGUGAGGUCGGGCUCUUUUGUCUUCCCUCGGGAGGCCUGUGAAACCCAGUUGGAGUGAGAUGGAAUGAGUGUCUGGUCCAAUUUUUGUGUGACCAAGUUAAAUGAUUCAAAACAAAGGUCUUGAAUGACAUCUACAAACUACCCGUCACUGUGCAUUAUAGCCAUAUCUGAAAACCUAAUCAUGAUGUAUGACUCACUUCGAUAUAUUGGCUUUUUUUUCUGGUUGUGCUGGUUGUGCUCUCAACAUGUUUAACCACUGAGGUCUGAAAAACUAAAUGUAUUUUCAACAAAGAGAGAAAUCACUCUGAAAAUAAAAAGUGAGGAGGC